AUGUUUGAUAGUCAUGAACACUCUGAGUUCAACUAUAUCGAGUUGUAUCUAUUACUCUGUCAGACUCAAAAAUACCAAAUGUUUGGUAAAGCUCAGAUAAUAGAUCAGUCACAGUCAUUGGAACAAGAUGAAUUUGAUGUAGUUAACGAGGAGGAAGAAGAACCUGAGGCUAUGGUUGAUCAAAUGGUGAAUUUACAACUAUCAGAAAUUUACAAGGUCGUGAACUUAUUUGGUAUCUACAAUAACAACUUUCUAGUGGUAGCUAGUGACGACUAUUGGCCAACCUAUCGUGGAGACACAAUUUACCACAACAAAAACAUGAGAAGAAACAAAAAGGGCCCCUCCCCCCCCCCCCCCCCCCUCCAAAGCACGCAAAUUAGAACCGAAAUGGAUACAACUGAGAAAAUUGAAAGAUUAUGUGGAAUAUGUCGUCUUCCGGGGCAUACGAGGAAACGUUGUCCAAAUGUUGGAGCAAGUUCUAGAUAG